AUGAUUAAACAGUCUUUAGUGACUACAGGGUUGCACAAUAUAGCUAAUAGAGUGAAACGUCAAGCAUACAUUCCACCUACUGCUAGCAACUUAAAUAAUUCUCCAUUAAUUGCGUCUUCCUUUGAAGAUGUAAUCGAAACUCUAGGAGACGCCCAGGCUGCAAACUAUUCCGCAACAUUUCUGUAUAAAGAAGGAGAUGUGCUGAUCAAAAACUUAAUAAAAGAAAAGGAUUCAAAUAAUAAUGCUAGUUCGUCUACAUGCCAAGGGUUUUUGUUGUAUGUUAAUAAUAAACAUCUAGUCCGUCCAUAG